AUGCCCACCCCCCCUGAUCCGUCCUGGCCCUCUCUGCAGGCCCCCCGGGAUUUCUACUCGCUAGCAGCCUUUUGUGCUCGCGCGCGCGCGCGCGCGCACCAAAUCAAAACCCACGAGAUCGUCAAAUUAUCUCGCUCCCAAACUCCCCCAACCCUGCUAGUUACUCCAUACUACCACACAAUGUUUGCCCGUCAACUCGCCAGCCAAACCGCCCGCCGUGCCUAUUCCACCGUGGCUCCAGCCGCCCCCGCCGCUCCUAGAAGGGUCGGUGCCGUCAGAGGCGGUUUCUUGGGCUUCUUGGUCGGUGUCACUGCCACCGGCGCCGGGUCCUACUACUACUUGUUGGACGAGUACAAGGUCGCCAACAACGUGAUUGUGGCCGAUGUGGCCGCCUUGCAGUCCUCAAUUGCCAGCUUGGAAAAGCAUGUCAAGUCCUUGGAGGCCAGAAAGUAGGUUGAAGUGUAUAAAUAAAUAAACAAAGUUACAGA